AAAACUUCUUAUUUCGGUACCGUUUAGACCAACAACAGUGAUUGGGUUUUCCCCUUCUAUCCUUGAUCUUCUACGCUAAAAACGCGCCGUUUUCAUCCGUUCCAACAAUGGAGGCGGCCAUAUGGAGCGAAAGCACAGAAUAGAGAAGAAGAAGAAGGAGAGAACCAGAAAAAGAUGGAAGAGAAGGCUUGUAACUUGAAAUUCUUCUGCUUCGCUAUGUAGUGCAAAAACCUUGAAGUAAAUAAAGGAGAAGUCUACGCUUAAGGGUGGGGAGAAGUCAACGCUUAAGGCUGGGGAAAAGUCUUAAACUUGGGCUGGCAAAAAUUAAAAUUGUGAUCUUUCAAACUAAACUUCCUCUUGUUUUGAUACAAUUUUGUGUUUUCUCCCUACCUCAAUCCUAGCUUGUUCUCAUAGUUUGGUUCUUUGGCUUGUAACUAUCGAUUCAUUGUUAUUCUGUAAUGGAAACUGUAACUACCAUUGGAGGUGCUAUCCUUUCCGUUUCUUUGAAGGCUCUGUUUGACAAGUUGGCCUCCCAUGACUUGCUCCAAUAUGCACGCCAGGAGAAAGUCCUUGCUGAAAUAGAGAAGUGGGAGAGCAUGCUCAGGAAAAUUUAUGCUGUGCUUGAUGAUGCAGAGGAGAAGCAGUUGACUAACCAGUUGGUAAAAAUCUGGGUUAGCGAGCUUAGAGACUUGGCUUAUGAUGUGGAGGACGUACUUGAUGAGUUUGCUACUGAGGCUUUGCGACGGAGGCUGGUAGUAAAACCUCUAGCUAUCACAAAUAAGGUGAAGAAAUCCAUACCAACUUGUUUUGGAGUAAAUCCAAGAACAGUAAAGUUCAACUCCAAGCUGCUUUCCAAGAUGGAGGAAAUUACUGCCAGAUUAGAAAAGAUCACAGCAGGAAAACACGACCUGGAUCUACGAGAGAGCACGGGAAGAAGAAGCAACCGUGUUAGAGAAAGACAGCCCUCAACGUCAUUGGUGAAUGAAGCAAAGGUUUAUGGAAGAGAAGACGAUCUGAAGGCGUUACUUGUACUACUGAAGACUGAAGUAAGUGGUGCAGAAAUUUGUGUUAUUCCUAUAAUUGGUAUGGGAGGCAUAGGCAAGACAACUCUUGCUCAACUCAUCUUUAAUGAUGCUACAUUAGACUUUGAUUUUAAGUCCUGGGUGUCUGUGGGUGAGCACUUUGAUGUUAUUGGGAUAACGAAAACAAUUCUCCAGUCAGAAGAUGGUGAUGCCAAAGAUUUAGAUUCACUUCAAGUAAAAUUGAAGGAGAAUUUAUCAGGAAAGAAAUUUUUAGUUGUCUUAGAUGACGUUUGGAGUGAGAAUUAUGAUGAUUGGACUCUCUUUUGUGGUCCUUUUGUAGCAGGGGCACCAGGAAGCAGAAUCAUAGUCACAACUCGUAAUCAAGGUGUUUCAUUAAUGAUGGGUAAUGUUCCAGCUUAUCCUCUUAAGGAGUUGUCAGAUGAUGAUUGUCUGGCUGUGUUUGCUCAACAUGCUUUGGGAGCAAAAAAUUUUGAUGCACACUCAAAAUUGGAGGAAAUAGGGAAGAAAAUUGCUAAAAGGUGUCAAGGAUUGCCUUUGGCUGCUAAGGCCCUUGGAGGCCUCUUGAGAGGUAAACUAGAUUGCAAUGUCUGGAAAGAAGUGUUGAACAGCAAGAUAUGGGAUUUACCUGAGGAAAAAAAUGGUAUACUUCCAGCUUUGCGGUUAAGCUACCAUCAUCUUCCUUCCCACUUGAAACGGUGUUUUGCUUACUGUGCAGUAUUCCCAAAGGACUACAAAUUUGACAAGAAAGAGCUGGUUUUACUUUGGAUGGCAGAAGGUUUUCUGCGACAACCAAAUGAAAUGAAGCCAAUUGAGGACUUAGGCCAUGAAUAUUUUCAUGAUUUAUUAUCAAGAUCGUUUUUUCAACAGUCUAGCAACAAGGAUACACAGUAUGUAAUGCAUGACUUGAUAAGAAACCUCGCUCGAUCUGUCAAUGAGGAAAUAUGCUUUAAUUUGGAUGAUAAGCUAGAGGGAGCAAAACCAAAUCCCAAGGUACGACAUUCAUCAUUUUCUCGUCAUGUUUGUGACAUAUCAAAAAGAUUUGAAGUCUUCAAUGAAAUGAAGAGCUUGCGGACAUUCUUGGCAUUGCCAGUCUUGCCAUCAUAUUAUCACCAAUUAAGUAGUAAGGUGUUGCAUGAAUUUGUGCCAAAAUUAAGAUGCUUAACGGUACUAUCAUUGGCUGGUUAUUGUUUUGAUGAGUUGCCAAGUUCUAUUGGUGCCUUAAAGCAUUUGCGAUACCUUAAUCUGUCUUAUAGUGAAAUUACAAUGUUACCUGAAUCAUCUAGUAAGCUCUUCAACUUGCAGACUUUGAAGUUAUGUGGGUGCCGGAAACUUACUAAGUUGCCUACAGGUAUCAGCAAUCUGAUAAACUUGAUGCAUCUUGAUAUUAGUGAUACAGAUAGUUUGCAAGAGAUGCCACCUCAUAUGGGUAAUUUGACAAAUCUCCACUCCUUUUCUAAGUUUAUAGUAGGGGAAGGCCAUGGACGUGGCAUAAUGGAGUUGAUGAAAUUAUCUCAUUUGCGUGGGGAGCUUCGUAUUACAGGGUUGCAUAAUGUGGCAAAUGUUCGGGAUUCAGAGCUUGUCAAUCUAAAGGAGAAGCAGAAUAUUGAUGCAUUAGCCUUGGAAUGGAUUGGUAACUUCCAUGGUGUGCGAAAUUUAAGGGAUGAACUACAGGUGCUCAAUUCAUUACAGCCUCAUCAAAAUCUGCACAAGCUUUCUGUUAAAUUCUACGGUGGAACAAUAUUCCCUUUGUGGAUAGGGGAUCCUAAAUUCAUUAAUAUGAUGCAUUUAGAACUCUGCAAUUGUCAAAAAAUCACCUCUCUACCACCAGUUGGACAACUACCCUUACUUAAGAAGUUGAGCAUAUUAGGCAUGGAUGGAGUAAAAGAAGUGGGCAUUGAGUUUUAUGGGGUUCGUUCUUCUUCUGCUAAAGCUUUUCCAUCUCUGGAGACUCUAACCAUAAAGAAUAUGGUGGAGUGGGAACAAUGGUCCAGUGAAGAGCUUCAACAAAUAUUUAUCAAUCUGCGUGAACUUAGGAUGAGAAAUUGUCCAAAGUUGGUUGGGAAAUUACCCAGGUUCCUUCCUUCCCUGGAAAACCUUGAUAUUUGUGAUUGCCCACAAUUAGUAGAGUUGCCUGAAAUCCUUCCAUCUCUUCGUAAACUGAAAGUUGAAAAAUGUCAAGAGAUGUUUCUUAGAAGUGCGCGUGAUCUAGUUUCCCUCACCACCUUAAAAAUUAAGAGAAUUUCAGGCCUUGUAAGUUUACAUGAAGUGCUUGUACAGGCUUUGAUUGCACUUGAAGAUCUGGAGAUUGUAGGUUGUCAUGAGUUAAUGUACUUGUGGCCAGAUGGAAGUAAUGUAAACAAAUUUGCUAGUAUGCGACGUUUAGAUAUCCAACACUGUAAGCAGCUUGUAUCAUUGGUAGGGGGAGGGGAAGGGUUUUUGCCGUGCAAUCUUGAAGUGUUGAGCAUUCAAAAGUGUGGACACCUGAACAAGCUCCCAGAUGGGCUGCACAGCCUCACAUCUCUCAGAUUUUUGAGAAUCAGUAGUUGUCCAAAGCUCGUGUCCUUUCCCACAACAGGUCUGCCAAACUCUCUUAGACAACUCAUGAUCAUGGAUUGUAAUUCUUUGGUGUCCCUACCUGAGGGAAUUAUAUGUAAUGGUAAUGAUGCCAAUGAGAUGUCUUAUCUUCAGAAUUUGGCUAUUGAAGGAUGUUCAUCUCGCAUGUCCUUUCCGAUUGGCAAGUUCCCUGAUUCAUUUAGAACUCUUACAAUUUGCUUUUGCACAAAACAAUUGUUAGAGUUGCAAAGUGAUAGGCUUUUGCAUCUAACUUACUUAGAAAUAAAAGACUGUCAUGAGCUAGAGUGUUUCCCAGAAGUGGGAUUGCCCAUCCCAACUCUUAUCUAUUUUACAAUUUCAAGGUGUGAGAAUUUGAAGUGUCUACCCAGUCAGAUGCAAAACUUGGCGUCUCUUCAAUAUUUGGAGAUAUAUGAUUGUGGAGGAAUGUUGUCCUUUCCAGAAGGAGGUUUUCCACCAAACUUAACUACGCUUCGAAUAAGGGAUUGCAAGAAUUUGAGGCAGCCAAUGUAUGAGUGGGGACUUCAUAGACUCACCUAUCUUAGAAGACUUUCAAUCAAAGGCACAAGUCCGAGUACAGAUAUUGCUUCCUUUCCUGAUAAUGGUCUUUUGCUUCCAACUUCUCUAACCUUGCUUUGGAUAGAUGGACUUAAGAACCUAAAAAGCAUAUCCAAGGGCCUCCAAAGCCUCACCUCUCUUGAAAAUUUAUGGAUUUGGAAUUGUCCUAAACUCCGUUCCUUACCAAAGGAGGGCCUCCCUGCUACACUUGGAUUCCUAGAAAUCUUAUCCUGUCCUCUUCUAAAACAAAGGUGCUUAAAUGGGAAAGGAGACUAUUGGCCCAUCAUUGCUCCCAUCCCCUGUGUUAUUAUAGAUUCGAAGUUGUCUGAGAUGCCCUUGAAUCCAUGGUUUAUGCCACAUUACUUAGUUCAAACUUGGGGUCAUGCCUAAUGGCUUUGACAUCAUAAAAAUAUUCUUUGUUGAGUGCUUUACGUAUCAUUUUGUACAACAUGCAGUUACAACUUGAAGUUUUCUUUUGAAGAUUGGUCCCUCCCGUUGUUCUCCUCUAUGUGUGGGUUCAAGCAGAGUUAUGGGCAUUCCUACUUGAUGCAUUUUCGCCUUCAAGUGUGCACUUAAGCAAGCAAACUGAACUCAGAAGUUCAUGUUUGUAGCAGAAAAAUUGAUCAAGUGGAGGAAGAAACUGUGGACAUAAAUCAAGGAGUUAUCCAAAAUGAAGCCCCAGAAACCAACCAAGAUGUAAUUGAAUUGCAAAGAAGUGAGCCCCAACAUGAGGAUCUUCCAAAAGAGUGGAGAUACCAUUGAAGUCACCGAAAGGAAGACAUAAUUGAUAGUCCGAUAGUCCAUCUCAAAGGGCGAUGAUAAGAGCUCAACUUUUUAACUUCUUUGAUAAUGUAGCCUUUGUUUCUCAUAUAUAACCUAAAACAUAUGUUGAAGCUUAAAAUAAUGAAAGCUGGAUUCAAGGUUAAUCAAUUUGGGAGAAAUAAGGUAUGAAAGCUUGUUCCUAGACUUUUACAGAAUAAUUACCUUUCAUUGUUCAAUUGAUGAAUUCUGCAGAGUUUUAUUCUUCUUCUUUUCCCGUUCCUAUCUAUCUGUAAGCUUGUGAUAAAACCUUAACAAAUAAUUACAUUUCACAAUCCAGUUGAAGAAUUCUGCAGUUUUCUUUUGUUAUUCUCUCCUUAAUUUUUUUAAAUUAGAUGAACUAUUUAUAUUUCUGUCCUAUUUUUAUUGUCAGCAAUAACUGGCUUAAGUAAAAUCAUGUAUCACUGGGAACCAAACCGUAGUUUGCUAGUACCCUGAGCAUCUGUAAGCAAAAAUUUGGUGUAGCUUCAACUGUUUUAUGUUACAUUCCAUCCUGUGAUACAAUGGUGAAGUGACAAAAGUUAACAAUUUCAGGUUAUAGAGUAGAUUCCAAUAGUUGCUUUUCCCUAACCUAUUUGUUCCUUAUUUAAUUUCUGAGGAGACUUCCUUUGAAUGUUAUUAAUUCUAAUUGUUUUAUAACCAAAUUACUGGAAACAAACAAGAAAAAAUAACUCACAAAUAUAAACCCAAAACCAUGCAUAACAUUUUCUAUUGGAUUGUUAUAUUUUUCAUAUGUUGGGGCGAGCACAAAUUUAAAUCUUUAAUUUUCAUUUCCAGGUUUCUACUCAAAUCUUUUGUGCUAGUGUUUUGUAUUCUCUUGCUGAGGAAUUGAUAACACCUCAGGACUUCUCAAAUUUACACCCGCCAUUGCAAUAAUUGGAUAUAUUGCUUCACUCCUGUAACCUGUAAAGAUUCAGGCUUGUGGAUAAUCUUUAGCGUUUUGGAAAACUUUUGCUAAACAAGUUUACCUUGUAAGCCUGCAAAAUGGGAAUCUUGUGCCAGAGGACAAGAUAGAGAAAGCACUGGAAAUUAUAACCAACACUUGCUGGGACAUUGAGGCUGUGAAGAUCACAUAUUAGAAUUGUAUGAGUUUGCAGGUUUGGGUGGGACAACUUCUCAAGAGCAGAGAUGUAUAAUCAAACAAGGAUGGAGAGGAGAGGCCUAUGGCUAGCCCUAGCCACAGGCCAGGUUUGACCUAGAAGGGUGGUCAAGAGUUCUCGGUUCCUGCACGAAACCGGGACCUCCUGGGUGGUUAAGGGUCCUAGCCCCAAACCUGAACCAGAGUGGACCGGAAUUGCUAAUGUCAAAAAUUUCAUCAUCUUCUCACUUGUUGGAUCAACUGGGUUUCUGGCUGAUCAAAAGUGAACUCUUUUAUCCUGUUGUGUGCUUGCAACUUGAUGCCAUGUCUUCCCUGCUCUCUAGUGUUCAUGAAUUUCUUAGAGGUACUUGGCCAUUUGAAUCAAAUAAUAGGUGCACAGGGAGAUGAACAAGGCAUUGAAGACCAACUCAGAAGUAGAUACAUAACCUUGUUUUUGUAUUAAUUUUAUAAUUAAUGGAAGGAGAAAUUUUGCUGUGGGUGAAA